GUCGCACAAUCCACCGAAGCCGCGGCACCUCGGACGUAACAAUCAGCUCUACGCCGGCUUCCCCCUGCUACAUCACAGUCACCGCUAUGCAACUAUUCGGCUCUUGAAGCAUAAGGCGGAAGGUGUUUGAUUAAACGUAAUUAGGACAUCAAAAAAGAAGGCAAUUCAACCCCUCCCCGCGUUAAUGUGGUUGUUAAAGAAGGGAAAGGCAUGGAUGAGCAUGUUGUCUCAAUGAAUUCGAUGAUGAAUUCAGAAUCAUUUACGGUAUCUACCAACACCUGUGGCAGUGAGGCUGUGUCGCCAAUGGAGAUCUAUGCGAGUAGUGGUAGCGACCAGUGGAGAAAGAAGAGAAAUGUGCACAAACAUUAUACUAAGGCUUCAAAUGAGCAAGAGAGGGGAUGCACUGAUGAGGAAAAGAACAAGAAGAUGAAAUAUGUUUCUUCUAAUAAUAUGGAAGUCAACGGCAACAAAAAUGUUGCCAAUGAGACCAUGCCUUCUUUAGACCAUGGUGACCAGAAGAGGGGAAUGGACAAUGAUGCUUGCUCUAAGGAUGUGAAUUCCGAUACUGUUUUUCCUUGUCCCCCAAAGGGAGUAACAAAAAAGAUUAAUGUGGUGGAGGAGGGCGAUACUAAUAAUUUUAAUCCGGCAGUUGAUGGUGAUGGUGUUGCAGUCAAUAGGCCUAGGCUUGAGGAUGUGCUUGCACAAUUUGUGUACAAUGGUGGCCGCCAGCCAAAUGGGCAGGUCACAAACUUUUUGAAGACUCCGGUUCUCCGUCCUUGUGGUGAUGAGGUUGCAGUUAGAGAAAAGAGGCAUUUCAGGAAGAAAUAUCCAUUCAUUUCCAACAGCAAGGGUGAUCAGAGCGGAAAAAAUGGGGCUGCAAACGAGGCUUUCUUUUCACAGCGUGUUUAUGAAAAAAUGGGUGAAGGGAAAGAGAAACAUGACAGGGAUGUCUGUGAACCUGUCUUGUUCAACAACAGAAGGAAAAAAGAGAAAGGUCUGAAGAAAGAAAAUUCGAAAGUUCAGGUGGUUUCACGUUACUUCAAUCCUUCAAUGAGGGAAGGUCUGAAGAAAGCAUGUCCUGAUGUUCAGGUGGUUUCGGGUUACUUCAAUCCUCCAAUGAGGAAACGAGUUGUGCCAAGUGAGGAGAAGCAUCUGAAAAUCAAGUUGCCUAAAAUAUUGAUGAAGAAUGGGCCCACCAAUGUAUCAACAGAGGUAGAGAAUGCACUUUCUGAUUCGUCGGGAGGUAAGAGUGAAUGCGCAGUACUGCCCAAAAAGGCCCGAAGAGCAUCGAAAAAGAGGACCGCGACAGGUGAUGAGGACAUCGGAAAAGAAGGCGAUUCAACUCCUCCCCACGUUAAUGUGCUUGUUAAAGAAAGGGAAGGCACAGAUGAGCCUGUUUUCUCCUUAAUGAAUUCUAUGAUUAAUUCAGAAUCAUUUGGCAAACUGGCCAGUGAGGCUGUGUCCCCAAUGGAGAUCUAUGCGAGUAGUGGUAGCAGCAAGAGGAGAGAGAAGAGAGAUGUGCACAAACAUCAUACAAAGGCUUCAAAUGAGCAAGAGAGUGGAUGCACUGAUAGGGAAAAUAAGACAAAAUACGUUUCUUCUAAGAAAAUGGAAGUCAACGGCAACCAAAAUGAUUCCAGUGAGACUAUGCCUUUGUUAGACCAUGAUGACAAGAAGAUGGGAAUGGACAAUGAUGCUUGCUCUAAGGACCUGAAUUCCCAUACUGUUUUUACUUGUCCCCCUAAGGGAGUAACAAAAAAGAUUAAUGUGGUGGAGAAGGGCGAUACUGAUACUUCAAAUUCAGUAUUUGAUGGUGAUGGUGCUGCAGUCAAUAGGCCUCGGCUUGAGGAUGUGCUUGCACAAUUUGAAUACAAUGGCGGCAGCCAGUCAAAUGGGCAAGACACUAACUUUUUGAAGACACAGGUUUUCCGUCCUUGUGGUGAUAAGGUUGCAGUUAGAGUAAAGAGGCAUUUCAGGAAGAAAUAUCCAUUCAUUUCCACCAAUAAAGGUGAUCAGAGUGGAGAAAAUGGGGUUGCAAACGAAGCUUUCUUUUCACAGCGUGUUUAUGAAAAAAUAGGCGAGGGGAAAGAGAAACAUGACAGGGCAGUCUGUGAACCCGUCUUGUUCAACAACAGAAGUAAAAAAGAGAGAGGUCUGAAGAAAGAAAAUUCUAAAGUUCGGGUGGUUUCAGGUUACUUUAAUCCUCCAAUGAGGGAAGGUCUGAAGAAAGCUAGUCCUAAUGUUCGGGUGGUUUCGCGUUACUUCAAUCCUUCAAUGAGUAAACAAGUUAUGCCAAGUGAGGAGAAGCAUCUGAAAAUCAAGUUGCCUAAAAAAAGCAUGAAGAAUGGGCCCACCAAUGUAUCCACAGAGGCAGAGAAUGCUUUUUCUUAUUGGUCGGGAGGUAAAAGUGAAUGUGCAGUACUGCCCAAGAAGGCCCGAAGAGCAGCAUUGGUUAAACCCGUAUUAAAUGCUGCCCAGAUGCGAGAUGAAGCUUACAAAAGAAGAACUCCUGAUAACACAUGGAAGCCUCCCCGCUCCCCUUUCAUUCUCCUACAAGAGAAUCAUGCUUACGAUCCUUGGAGGGUAUUGGUGAUAUGUAUGCUUCUUAAUAAAACAACUGGUCUGCAGGCUGGAAGAGUUUUGCCAGAUCUAUUCAGUUUGUGUCCAAAUGCAAAAACUGCUACAGAGGUCACCACGGAGCAGAUAGCAAGCGUGAUAAAAAGUCUAGGUUUGUACAAUAAGAGGGCACUAAUGAUUCAACGCUUAUCUCGGGAAUAUUUGGGAGAAAGCUGGACUCAUGCAACUCAGUUGCAUGGUGUUGGCAAGUAUGCAGCUGAUGCAUAUGCAAUAUUUUGCACGGGGAAGUGGGACCGUGUGGAGCCUGAAGAUCGCAAGCUAAAUAAGUACUGGAAAUUUCUGCGCAGUAAUAGCAGUCUGUUAGACCAACAUACAGUUUGAGCCGGGUGCACUUAUGUUUUGGUUUAAGUUCCCAUAUCUAUCACUCUCUAGGUUUGUAAUUAAUGAUCUAAAAAGUUCAUUAGCACCUCUGGACUUUAGUGCGCUAUGAACAUUUUGUGAACAGAAUCUGCAUAGAAGAGUGACGGCAUUGCCUGUUUGAAGAAAUUCUCAGUUGCUUCCUUUUGACAUGGCUAGGUACAAGUUGGUAGUUUUGCCCCGGGAAAAGAGUGAGGUGUGUAUAAUGAAAUAUGAAAUAGAAUUUCAGAACGAUUUUCUCAUUUCUUUACUAUUGGGAAUGUGCUCUCUCAAGUA